AUUUUCCAUACCCCACCUUCCGAAACGACACCGUUUCCCCUCUCCAAACCCUUCUUUCCACCCCACUUCUCUUCUCCUCUUCCUCCUUCUUCCUUCUUCACAACCACAUACCUCAACAGCUCCGCCGCGCCUUCCUCCAUGGACGCCGUCUUCGUUAACCAGUCUCUCUCUCGCCUUAAACUUUCCCCUAAACCCCCUCUCCCAUUUCCCCCUUCUUCCUCCUCUCGAAAUCCCCAUCUCAAUCUCCGCCGCAACUUCAAACAUUUCACCCCUUACGCCGUCCAAAGCGAUCAACCCCUCACACAACAGACCCAGAAAUCAGAAGACGAUGAAUCCUACGGCGAAGUCGAUGGAAUCAUCGGCAGCCGUGCUCUGUCCGACGCUACUGGAAUGGAGUAUCUAAUUAAAUGGAAAGAUGGGCAUUCCCCAUCAUGGGUUCCCUCCGAUUUCAUCGCUAAAGAUGUUGUCGCCGAGUACGAAACUCCCUGGUGGACCGCCGCCAAGAAAGCAGAUGAAUCCGCUUUGAAAUCGCUUAUAGAUGCUGGGGAUGGACGGGAUUUCGACGCGGUGGAUGAAGAUGGGAGAACAGCUCUUUUGUUCGUUGCUGGACUUGGGUCUAAUCCGUGUGUGAGAAUGUUGGCGGAAGCCGGUGUGAAUCUCGACCACCGUGAUAACAGCGGCGGGUUUACAGCGUUGCAUUUGGCAGCUGGGUAUGUGAAACCAGAGACGGUGGAGUUGUUGGUGGAAUUGGGAGCGGAUCCAGAAAUUGAAGACGAAAAGGGUCGGACGCCAUUGGUGUUAGCAAAGGAGAUAUUGAAAGCGACGCCGAGGGUUCAAUUUAUGAGGAGAAUUGGGUUGGAGAGAGUGAUCGGAGCGGUGGAGAAGGUGGUUUAUGAGUAUGCAGAGGUGGAGGAAUUGCUGGAGAAGAGAGGGAAAGGGGAGAAUUUGGAGUAUUUGGUGAAAUGGAAAGACGGAGAGGAUAAUGAAUGGGUUAAAGUGGGGUUGAUUGCGGAGGAUUUGGUGGCGGAUUUUGAAGCAGGGUUGGAGUAUGCGGUGGCGGAGGCGGUGGUCGGAAAAAGAUUUGGAGAUGAUGGGAAGAUGGAGUAUCUUGUUAAAUGGACGGAUAUACAAGAUGCCACGUGGGAGCCUCAGGAUAAUGUGGAUCCUGAUUUGAUUGCCGAGUUUGAGAAGGCCCAGGCCCAACCCCAGGCCCAACCCCAGGCCCAAUCACAGGCCCAAUCCAGUAAUGGUAGUGCCCUUUGAAAAAGCCUUUUACCCCUCCAUGUAUUUAAACUAGAGACUUUUUUUUUUUAAUAAAAAUAUUGUUGUUGGUAAAAAAAAUAAAAAAUUAAAAAUAAAAUAAAAUUAAAAAAGAGAGAGAUUCACCCAUAUACACUCUCUUUUGAAUGUGUCCA